GAUGCGCUUCUGACCAUCAUCUGAUUCGAACAGGAUAUGCAAAUGAAACCUUUGGGCGAGAGAGGCUUUGAGAGAGGCAGGGGUGUUUUUGAGGGGCUUGUUUGAAUCCGGCAAAAAAUGGCCACAAACCCACCAAAAUUAAAGUGUACUGCUGAUGGAAGGCUGCAAAACUUGAAAACUUCAUUUGAAACAAAGUUUGGAGAGUCUCCUUUGUUCUAUGCGUGUGCACCUGGACGGGUAAAUCUAAUAGGUGAGCAUAUUGAUUACUGUGGCUAUUCUGUCCUUCCAAUGGCUAUUGAGCAGAACAUCCUUGCAGCCGUCUCAGUGAACCAAUCAGGGGUGAUCCAGUUGGCCAACAUAAAUCCACAAUACGAGGAUUUCGCACUUCCUUGUUUACAGGACAUUGUCAUAGACAAAGACAAUCCGAUGUGGUAUUAUUAUUUUCUCUGUGGGGUUAAAGGUAUCCAGGAGAAGUUUGGGAUUUCUCACUUGGCUGGGAUGUCCUGUCUCAUUGAUGGAACCAUUCCUCCGAGCUCUGGUCUUUCAAGUUCUAGUGCUUUAGUUUGUUGUGCUGGACUCGUAACAAUGGAGGCAAAUAAGAAGUCACUCUCUAAGGUGGCACUGGCUGAGAUAUGCGCAAAAUGUGAGCACUACAUCGGUACAGAAGGAGGCGGCAUGGAUCAGUCCAUCUCAUUCUUGGCAGAGAGGGGAACUGCUAAACUGAUCGAAUUCCAGCCUCUGCGGGCUACUGAUGUUAAACUCCCAGACGGGGCUGUUUUUGUGAUCUCCAACUGCUGUGUGGAGAUGAACAAAGCUGCAUCUUCACAUUACAACAUUCGUGUGGUGGAGUGUCGAAUUGCCACAAAGAUCCUGGCCAAGGCACGGGGUCUGGACCCGAGCACAUUAUCCAAGCUGGUCCAUGUUCAAACGGAGCUGCAGGCUUCCCUGGAGGAGAUGUUGGCUCUCGUGGAGGAGAAGUUGCAUCUUGAGCCCUACAGUCGAGAGGAGAUCUGCAAAAUCCUGGGCAUCAGCUCAGAGAAGUUUUCUACAGAUCUGCUGAGCUCCAACACUCAGCACUUGAUGCACUUUAAGCUGUACCAACGAGCCAAACACGUCUAUGGUGAAGCUGCGCGGGUGUUGCAGUUUAAAAAGGUCUGUGAUUCAGAACCUGCUGAUUCCGUACAGUUGCUGGGAGACCUGAUGAACCAGAGCCACGCAAGCUGCAGAGAUCUGUACAAGUGCAGCUGCACUGAACUGGACCAGCUGGUGGACAUUUGUCUGAGGUCUGGGGCUGUUGGGUCCCGGCUGACGGGAGCAGGUUGGGGCGGAUGUGCUGUUUCUAUGGUUCCCAGUGACAGGGUGGAAUUUUUCCUACAAGCAGUGAGAGAGGCCUUCUACCAUCCUGAUUCACGCAGGGCAGCAAUUGAAAAGCAAAGUUUAUUUGUGACAAAGCCGGGUGGAGGAGCUACAGUGUUUGUUGAGGGUUGAAAUGCAUUGUCCACAGCAGUUAACAGCACUGUGACCCAAAUUGAAUGCAACCUGAUAUCCAACUGAUUUUCAACAUUAUUCUCAAAAAAAAAAAAAAAAAAAAGUGGAGGGGGCAAAAAUUAAUGGAAUGUUCUUUGUGUUUUUAAA